AUGAAUUCAUCCAAUAAUAACGACUCGUCUAGCACCAAUAGCAAUAUGAAUAACUCUCUGAGCCCGACCCUAGUUACCCACAGUGAUGCUAGUAUGGGCUCGGGUAGAGCAAGCCCGGACGAUAGGCAUUCUGGAAGAAGUAUAUGGAACCCAUCAUACGUGAAUCAAGGUUCUCAAAGACCUCCACAGCAGCAGCAGCAGCAGCAGCAGCAGCAGCAACAGCAACAACAAAAUUCCCAAUUUUUUUUUGUUAACCCUUGGAAUGAGGAAAAAGUAACUAAUUCUCAACAAAACCUGGUGUAUCCCCCACAAUACGAUGAUUUAAACAGUAAUGAAAGUUUAGAUGCAUACAGACGACGUAAAUCUAGUCUUGUUGUACCCCCGGCCAGGGCGCCUGCCCCGAAUCCUUUCCAGUACGACAGCUAUCCCGCUUACACGAACUCUAAUACGAAUCUAGCAGGAAGUACCAGUGGCCAGUAUCCUUCCGGUUAUCAACAGCAGCAACAACAUGCAUACCAGCAGGGCGCUAUCCCUUCUUCCCAGUUUGGAUCUAGGUUCGUGCCCUCUCUUUAUGAUCGUCAAGAGUUUCAAAGAAGGCAGAGUCUAGCUGCAACAAAUUAUUCGUCCAAUUUUUCUUCGCUCAAUUCAAAUGCUAAUCAAGGAACAAACUCCAUACCAGUCAUGUCACCUUACAGGAGGCUCAGUGCGUAUCCUCCGAGUACAAGUCCCCCAUUACAGCCCCCUUUUAAGCAGUUACGAAGAGAUGAGGUACAAGCUCAAAAAUUAUCUAUUCCUCAGAUGCAACCUUGCAAUUCUAAAAACGAUCUUCAACCCGUCUUAAAUGCUACUCCAAAGUUUAGACGUGCGUCACUUAAUUCUAAGACAAUAUCCCCCUUAGUUAGUGUCACAAAAAGCCUGAUUACUACAUAUUCCUUAUGCUCUCCCGAAUUUACCUAUCAAACGUCUAAAAACCCUAAGAGAGUACUCACGAAACCCAGCGAGGGAAAAUGUAACAACGGAUUUGACAACAUAAACAGUGACUAUAUUCUCUAUGUAAAUGACGUUUUGGGUGUAGAACAGAACAGAAAGUACCUCGUGCUUGACAUUUUAGGUCAAGGUACAUUCGGCCAAGUGGUCAAGUGUCAAAAUUUGCUGACCAAGGAAAUAUUGGCUGUAAAAGUAGUUAAAUCGAGAACAGAGUAUUUGACCCAAAGUAUAACGGAAGCCAAAAUUUUAGAGUUGCUGAACCAAAAGAUAGACCCAGCUAACAAACACCAUUUUUUAAGAAUGCAUGACUCCUUUGUCCACAAGAACCACUUAUGUUUGGUGUUUGAGUUGCUAAGCAAUAAUUUGUAUGAGUUGUUAAAACAAAACAAAUUUCAUGGACUGUCUAUACAACUCAUCAGAACAUUUACCACCCAAAUAUUAGAUUCGUUAUGCGUUUUGAAGGAAAGUAAACUGAUUCAUUGCGAUUUGAAGCCAGAGAAUAUUUUACUCUGCGCACCGGAUAAACCGGAAUUGAAAAUUAUCGAUUUCGGUUCAUCUUGCGAAGAGGCAAGAACCGUUUAUACAUAUAUCCAAUCCAGGUUUUAUCGAGCUCCUGAGAUUAUACUAGGCAUCCCUUAUUCGACCAGUAUUGACAUGUGGUCCUUGGGUUGCAUUGUUGCUGAAUUGUUCUUGGGUAUACCGAUUUUUCCAGGUGCUUCUGAAUAUAAUCAAUUAACAAGGAUAAUAGACACGCUUGGAUAUCCUCCAUCGUGGAUGAUAGAUAUGGGUAAAAACUCUGGAAAAUUCAUGAAAAAAUUGACACCAGAAGAAAGUGCUGCCUCUACACAAAAGCAUCGUAUGAAAACCAUUGAAGAGUUUUGCAGGGAAUACAAUAUAGUAGAAAAGCCCAGUAAGCAAUAUUUUAAGUGGAAAAGGCUGCCAGAUAUUAUUAGAAACUACAGAUAUCCUAAAAGCAUACAAAACUCACAGGAACUUAUUGACCAAGAAAUGCAGAGUAGGGAAUGCUUAAUUCAUUUUUUAAGUGGUGUGCUUAAUUUAAAUCCAUUGGAAAGGUGGACACCACAGCAAGCCAUGCUACAUCCUUUCAUAACAAAGCAGGAAUUCACAGGUGAGUGGUUCCCUCCAGGAUCGUCUUUACCAGGGCCAUCAGAAAAACAUGAUAAUACAAAAGGUCGGCAAAACGAUCACAGAAGCACGAGGGACUCUAAAAACAACGCAAACCGCAAUUAUGUCUACAAUUCUAGUUCUGCCACUGGCGGCACUGAUAGUGUCGAUAUUGGUGCUAUCAGUAAGAGGAAGGAGAACGUAUCUAGCGACAUUCCUAAUGAUUAUGCUGUAACUCAUUCUGUCCAAGAAGGGCCAACAAGUGCAUUUAAUAAGCUUCACAUUGUCGAAGAAUAG